AUGAAAUUAGAUUUAAAAGGUAAAAGAAGAAAUAAAAUGAAUCAAGUUCAUCAGGUUCACCAACAUCUUCAUAAGCAUCAUAGUGACAAACAUCAUCCGUCAAUGAGCAGCAGUACAAUCACAACUACUGUAAUGAUAGAUGAUAAUGAUAAACAUGACAACAACACCAACAACAACAACAUAACAAGUAGUAUUACUGUGCCAAAGAAAAAGAUAAAGAAAAUAGAAAAAGAACAACAAUUUAGUUUUAAUAAUUCGAAAGCAUUUAAAUUCAAGAUAAAUCCAUGGUCAGAUUCAACAAAGAGUGCAUUCGCUGUAAUUCUCUAUGGGUCAGUCAGUCUAUGUCAAACUAUAUUUAACAAAAAGGUGAUGACCACCUACAAUUUUGAAGCAUCCAAUUUAAUGCCAUUAUCAGUAUGUUAUGUUUGCACUAAAGCGUUUGGUUGCAGUCAUUAUUUUGGUGAUGGAGUAUCUGAUAUUGAAUAA